AUGCACUGGAAGGCGACAAUAGUGCUCAUCUGCGCUUUUGGCAUCAUCAAGGAAUUUCGCCCGGCGACGCCUUUCCUUACUCCAUUCCUCAUGUCGCCUCCCAAAAAUUUCACAAACGUUCAAGUUUACAGUGAAAUAUAUCCAUAUUGGACAUAUUCCUAUAUGGUCUUUCUGGUUCCAUCAUUUUUUCUAACCGAUUUACUGCGGUACAAGCCAAUUGUUUUGGUGGAAGCGGUCUCACUAUGUGUAACCUGGAUUUUAUUGAUAUGGGGCAAGACAAUAUGGCAGAUGCAAAUCAUGCAAAUCGCAUUUGGAAUAGCAUCGUCAUGCGAAAUUGCCUACGAAUCAUACAUGUUUCUGAUCGUGGACCAAAAGUAUUACGCUCUUGUUGCAUCGUACACACGAGCCGCCACUUUGGCUGGCCGGUUUUUUGCAUAUGCAUUGGCACAAUUUCUUAUUUCAUUCAAAUAUGGAUCGUACCUUUUGUUAAAUCAAAUAUCGUUUGUCGCAACCUGUAUAAUCAUUCCAAUUGGGUUAGCUUUUCCCCCUAUAACGAAGGAAAUGAUUGCAAACAGAGCACGAAAGGAAGAAGCUCAAGAUCAGAAACAAACCACCAAUACUACGAAUGUUGACCAAGAGGGAGGGGAAGCUUCAAAAGAACGAGGACAACAAAUUUCCAAAGAAAGCACUAAUCCGGAUGCAAAACCACCUGUAGAGGAGCAAACCGUUGGGGAUUAUUUUCGCUCGAUGUUCGGUCAUUUCAAAGUAUUUAAGCGGAAUAGUUUGAUUCUGAAAUGGAGUAUAUGGUGGGCAUUAACUAGCUGUGGCGUUUAUCAGGUUAUGAAUUAUGCCCAGUCGUUGUGGGCGACCAUGCAGAUUAUCUCAGACACAUUUAACGGAAUAGCCGAAUGCGCCAACACAUUAAUUGGGGCAUUGAUAUCAUUUGGAGUUCAGUACAUGCGUGUGAACUGGGUUGCGCGAGGUGAAUAUAUACUGUUUGGCACCUCACUUGCUAUUGCUGUUUUCGUGGCCAUUAUGUCGCAAAGCAAAUCAAUUGCUGUUUCUUACGUUCUUUACGUCGGAAACUUGUGUCUUUGGGCUGAAAUGUGUACGUGUUACAGUGCGAAUAUAGCGUCACAGCUGGAUUCAGCAAGUUACGGCUUUGUUUUUGGACUGGAUACUUUUAUUGCACUUCUUCUGGAGACAAUCCUUACUUUUGCUGUAGCUGACAAACAUGGCCUUGCAUUAUAUAUUCGAGAACAGGUACCACAAUUUCUUUUCUUGCUUGCACCGCAGUCAGGAAUGGUCACAUGUAGUUUUUUCACUAAGGCUUGCCAAAUCGGCGCAGUGGGAUAAAA